UUGUUUGUCUGAAGCGUAACCACUCCUAUCAAUAUGAAAUCUGCUCUUGUUCUUCUCUGUCUGGCUGUGUUCGUGGCUGUAGCCUACGGUGCGGACUCUAGCUGCAAUCCCGAUGGAAACAACCAGCCAACCUGUUCCGGCACCGACGCUACCCCUAUUCGCAACUUCUGGGACCCGACACGCUACUGGGUGUGCAACGGAGGCGUUGCUGAGGCGGUUGAAUGCCCAAUUGCACAGGGCUUCGAUCCCGUGAGCGGCGCUUGUGUCGACUGGGGUGUAUGGCAAUGGUAUGCUCCAUGCCAAUAGAAUUGUUCCAAAAAUAAUGAAUAAAAAAUUGCGAAAUGAUUAGAAAAACA